AUGUUGCUAAAAGUUCAAGGUGUACAUUCAUUGAAAAUUGAUGCAAAACUUGGAAAUAUAGUAAUUUCAGGCAUAGUUGAUCCUGCAACAAUUAUAACCAUGUUAGAAAAACAUGGGAGAAAGGCACAACUCUUAUGGGAACAAGGAAUUCCGAUAAAAGACAGUCCAGUCGACAAAGCAUCUCGUGUUCACUCAGGAUUUGAGGAAGGGCAUAAUUUGAAAAAUGUUCAGAUUAUCACGCAAUCUAAUAAAGUGAUUAAUCCACUGAACGAUCCAGAUAUUAUGAAUCAACUAGAGGAAUUAUCUCGAAUUCCAGGAUUGCAAACCAUGGAGGUGACAAAAACAAUUAAGUUGACUUUCCAAGGAGAACCAAGAAAUGAACCUAAUGACAAAAUUCAGACAUUUUGUACGGCUAUAAAUCAUAGUCAUAAUCAUCAUGGAUAUUGUUGUGACUAUGAUUGCCCGCCCCAAAUAGAAAAUUGGGGUAGGGCGCGACCCUUCAAUUGUCAACCCUUGCCUAUGACACCACCACCGCUACCAUCAGCUCCUCCUUUGCCUUUUGAAUAUUUUCAGGCACCACCACCAUCAGCAUCAUCGUCAAUGCCUCACACCUAUUAUAGCGUCUUAAGCGAUGAGAAUGUAAAUGGCUGCAUAAUUCUAUGA